CACUCUUUCGCUACGCUCGCCAUGCCAAACCCACGAGUAAUCUACUGGUUCCGCACCGACUUGCGCCUCCACGACUCUCCCGCACUGAAAGCCGCGCUGGAUCUGAAUCCAGAAUGUCUCUACCCUAUCUGGACAUGGGACCCUCACUACGUCUACCGCGCCCGCGUCGGUCCAAACCGCUGGCAAUACCUGCUAGACUGCCAAUCCGACCUGAGCAAAUCCAUCACCAAGCUCAACCCCCAGUCGAAACUGUUCCUGAUCAGAGAGGCCCCGCAGACGCUGUUCCCGAAGCUGUUUAAGCAGUGGAAAAUCACGCAUCUCGUGUUUGAAAAGGAUACGGAUGCGUAUGGUCGUGAGAGGGACCAGAAAGUGAUGGCGUUGGCGGCUGAGGCGGGUGUAGAGGUCGUGGUCAGGUAUGGACGCACACUGUAUGAUCCUGAUGAAUUGGUGAAGCAAAAUCAUGGGAAGCCGACUAUGAGUCUCAAUCAGGUGCAGGCAGCAGGGAAGAAGAUCGGGGAGAUUCCUAGGCCGAUUGCUGCGCCGACGAGUCUGCCGGAUCCCGGGGAUACGAGUUUGGAUUUCGAGCAGGAAGUGCCGGAGAGUAAACCGGAUAUUAAUGCCAUUCAGAGAGAGGGCGAGGAGGAGAGUUACGCGAAGCUUGCCGGGCCCAAUGGCGAUUUUGCAAUUCCGACAAUGGAGGAGUUGGGCCUGAAGCCGGCGACGACACAGCAUCGAGGUGGUGAGACGAUAGCGCUCAAGAUGCUGGACGAGAUCAUUGCGAACGAAGACUACACGGCGACCUUCGAGAAGCCAAAAACCGCUCCAACAGCUUUCGAACCUCAAGCCACCACCCUUCUGUCUCCACAUAUGCACUUUGGUUCCCUUAGCUGUCGGGAGUUCUACUGGCGCUGUCAAGACGUCGUUGAUAAGUACAAAGGCCAUGCAUCGCAGCCGCCAACGAGUCUCACCGGACAGCUCCUGUUCCGCGACAUGUACUUCGGCGCGCAAGCCAGUCUGGGCUUCGCGUUCGGUCAGACCUACGGGAAUUCACACUGUCGGUUUAUUCCCUGGCACAUUCCUUCCAAGAUCGACACAUCAUCGGGGUUGAUCACAGGCGAAUAUCUCGUCGACAACGCACAAGCCGAAAUCUACUUCCAGCGCUGGCGCGAAGGCCGCACGGGGUUCCCCUGGAUCGACGCGCUCAUGCGACAGCUCAAGUAUGAAGGCUGGAUUCACCACCUUGGACGACACGCUGUCGCCUGCUUCCUCACUCGAGGAGGGUGCUAUGUAGAUUGGGAGCGUGGAGCGGAGGUGUUCGAGGAGUGGCUGAUCGACCACGAAGCCGCGUGUAACAUUGGAAACUGGCAGUGGCUGAGCUGCACAGCUUUCUACACGCAGUUCUACAGAUGCUACUCUCCGAUCGCCUUUCCACAGAAGUGGGACAAGGAAGGGAAUUUCGUGAGGAAAUUCGUUCCGGAAUUGGAGAAGUAUUCGCAGAAAUACAUAUACGAACCCUGGAAAGCACCAAUCGCAGACCAGAAAAAGUGGGGAUGCAUCAUCAAAGGCGACGGCAGCUCGACCUUAAUCGACGGCAAAAAGGCCUAUCCCAAGCCGAUGUUCGACUUCCCCACACAGCGAGAAAUCUGCAUCGAGGGCAUGAGAAACGCAUACCACAUCGGGCUGUACGGCAACGAUUCCAAAGUCCUGGACGGCACGUGGCGCAAACUCUUCUCCAACGAUGCCGAAGGCCCAACUGAGGGCAGCAAGGGCCCGCCAGGCGCCAUGGUCGAGCAUGAAGAUGCUGAUGGGCAGGAAGAGAAUGAUGUGCACGAGCCGCCGGGCCCGAAGACGAGCAGGAGGGGAGAGGCGGAUAACAAGAGGAUUACGGGGAAUGAGACCGAGAUUAAGUACCACAAGAGGGAGGCUAGUCAGAGGACGUUGGAUGGGAUGGUUACGAGGAAGAAGAAGAGGAAUAACAGUGAUAUCGCCGAUCACACAUGA